AAUAUGAAACAUAUAUUCAACGAACAAUUAUUCAAAGAGAUAAUAAAAGUAUAAUUGUUCGUGAAAUUUCACAUGAACUAGAAGUUUUAGAUAUUCAUAAAGUCCUUAUACCAGUUAUAACACGAGUUAAUAAAAAUAAUCCCAAUGCAAAUAAACUUGCAGGAUAUUACGCAUAUCAGUCUUCAAAAAAAGAUGAAACAAUAUGGGUACCUUUAUUGCCCGGAUAUACCAUAUAUACAAUAAUUAGUGAUAAUUGUUUUAAAUUUUCCAUUAUGAAAGAUACAAAUGAUCAACUAAUUUACCAAUGGUAUUUUUAUGCAAAAGAUGAAACCUUUAAAUCAUUAAAGGAUAGUGGACAAGAUUAUAUUUGUUUUAAAACAUGCUUUAGUAAAUAUAAUUUGUCAGGCAAUCAUUCUCCGCUGUG